GGUGGCUUCAAUACGUAAAAUAAGAACAAGCCCACCCGCCACACCACGGGCGCGCAGCAACGCUCGCCACGCCUCCUAGCCUCGUAGGCCCCGCCCCCAGCCGCGUGGACCCGCCCCUCGACCGAGCUCCUUUCCCCGCGUGAAGCACCCGCGGGUUCAGUGGGUCACUUUCCAAAAUGGCGCGCGUGUUGAAGGCGGCGGUGGCGACCGUGGCGGUGGCGGCGGCGGCGGCGGGGGCGGCAGCGGCCGAGAGUGCAGUAGGGUUUUUUUCCAGACUUCAGACUUCAGCUCCGAAAUUAAGAACUUUCUCCACAUCACAGUUCUCUCUUCAAGCGGCAAGUCCUGUGUGGAACCUAGGUCGACUCAAUCAUGUAGCAAUUGCAGUGCCAGACUUGGAAAAAGCCACAGCAUUUUAUAAGAAUGUUCUGGGGGCCCGGGUAAGUGAGGCGGUCCCUGUUCCUGAGCAUGGAGUGUCUGUUGUUUUUGUCAACCUGGGAAACACCAAGAUGGAGCUGCUUCAUCCGUUGGGAAAUGACAGUCCAAUUGCAGGUUUUCUGCAGAGAAACAAGGCUGGAGGAAUGCAUCAUAUCUGCAUUGAGGUGGAUGAUAUAAAUGCAGCUGUGAUGGAUUUGAAAGAGAAGAAGAUUCGUAGUCUAAGUGAAGAGGCCAAAAUAGGAGCACAUGGAAAGCCAGUGAUUUUUCUCCAUCCUAAAGACUGUGGUGGUGUUCUUGUGGAAUUGGAGCAAGCUUGAUUUAUAUUUGCAAGAAACUUUAAAAAUCCCCACCAAAAUAUACUGAAAAUCCCCAACAAAUUAUACUCCAGCAUUAAAUCCUUCACUCCUUCCAUCACUUAAAAGUUCACAAUUAAAGGGGCACCUGACUGACUCAGUCAGCAAGGUGUGUGACUCUUUAUCUCAGGGUGGUGAGUUCAAGCCCAUGUUGGGU